AACCAGGAAGCGGUCUGGCUGGGAGCUGUACCGGCUUCUCUGCUCCGCUCUCGAGGGAGCUUCCCGCGUCCCUACACCGUCUUUUCCUGCCCCGCGUAGCCCCAGUCCUGACCUAGGCUCCGGCCCGGACCGGCCACUCCGGAGCCGCCAUGUCGUCCGACUUCGAAGGCUACGAGCAGGACUUCGCGGUGCUCACUGCAGAGAUCACCAAUAAGAUUGCGAGGGUCCCCCGACUCCCGCCUGAUGAGAAGAAGCAGGUGGUUGCAAAUGUGGAGAAACAGCUCGAAGAAGCAAAAGAACUGUUGGAACAGAUGGAUUUGGAAGUCCGAGAGAUACCACCCCAAAGUCGAGGAAUGUACAGCAACAGGAUGAGAAGCUACAAGCAAGAAAUGGGAAAACUUGAGACAGAUUUUAAAAGGUCACGGAUUGCCUACAGUGACGAAGUACGGAAUGAGCUCCUAGGGGAUGAUGGGAAUUCCUCAGAGAACCAGUUGAUAAAAUUACGUGAAGAGAGGGCACAUCUGCUCGAUAACACAGAGAGGCUGGAAAGGUCAUCUCGGAGACUAGAGGCUGGGUACCAAAUAGCAGUGGAAACCGAACAAAUUGGCCAGGAGAUGCUGGAAAACCUCAGUCAUGACAGAGAAAAGAUACAGAGAGCACGUGAAAGACUUCGGGAAACAGAUGCUAACUUGGGGAAAAGCUCCAGGGUUCUGACAGGGAUGUUGAGAAGAAUCAGUUCCCGCCCCUUCAGCGGUCCGCACACGGUACCGUGGGAACCUUCGCCGUGCUGUACUCGUGGGGUUCCUGCCCAUCUCCCCACUAGACCAUGAGGAAACUGAGGCUUAGCAAAGUUCAGUCACUUGCUCAAAGUCACACAACUAUCAAGUCUCAGCCAGGAUUGCAGCCAGUCACGUCCAUCAGCCUUAAGAACUCAGCUCUCCUUGUCUGAAACCUGAUACCAGCUGGGUUCUCAUCCUGCAGUCAGCCUCCAAGGAACCUAAGUAACUAUAUGUGGACAAAGUGAAACGUCUAUUUACAAAUCAGACUAUGCUUCUAUUAAUAUGUUUCAUUUAGAGUAUCGAUGAUGUUUUCAGUGAUAAACCAGGAGUCAGAUUUUUAAGGAAAUAUCUAAGCAUAUUUACCAGCUUCUUUCACCUUAAAUGGGGAAAAAAAUGCUACAGUAGUCCUGAACAACUCAUGUCUAUAUGCCAAGGUUGGCAUAUGAAAUAAUUUCCUAAGAGGUUGCUACCCUAAGACAAGAGGCAAAAUGGCAAAAGAGGUCUUUGAUGCUCUCCAUGUUUUGUGGCGCCCAGCCCUUUUCUUCCAUUCUUUCCUGCCCACCCCACCCCAGCACCUUUGUCACCUCUGAUGGUCUAAUUCUCCUCGCUGUAACCCCACCCGGGCCGGUCUGUCCCAAAAAUGCAGUCCCCAGUGGAAACAGCCCAUGAAAGACAAUCUCCAGGGAAAGCAGUCUGAGGAAGAUAAAUUACACUAAGACUUAAUCUUGGGACAUAACUGAGUUUUGUAAGAGUAGAAACGGAGACAGGUAAUGUUAUGAACUCUGGACUUUUACCUCUGCUUAGGACAACCCACUGGUUUCCAUGCUGUCUUGGAUCUCUGCCCAAAUCCCCCCUCAUCACUCUGUGCCUUUCCCCUGCUUCAUUUUUCUUCAUAGCACAUGUCACUCCCUGGAAUUGCUUUAUAUACUUCCUGGUUUAUUAGCAUCUACGUCUAUAGAAAGUAAGCUCCGUGAGAGCAGGAACUUUGCUUUGCUUGUUGCUAUAACCCUAGCAUCUGCAAGAGGGCCUGGCACAUAGUAGGUGCUGAAUAAAUAUUUAUCGGGUGAAGGGAUCAGCCACUUGUCAUGCCUCUUCUGAGCAGGGCAGCUUUUACUUUUACCCGGUUUUUGUCCAAAAGAACAAAUUUAAGUAGCUAUCAAACUCAUGGUUUUACUGUUAUUAUUGCUUGAGAGGAGGUGAAUUUUUUUCUUUAAAAGGCCAAUUUCAACUUGACGUACAGAAAACAGUUAAGUAAAUACUAGCUCAGAUGGUGCUCAGGUGCAGUAAAGUCAGGAAAAUGGUAUCUGAGUGUCUGGCAAACACUACGAGAUCAGAAAAUAUUAGUGGACAUCCUUCAUGUGAGUAAAAAAUUGUAUUGAUCUACAUAAUUCAUCUUGAAAUAAUUAUGAGCCAAUUUUUCAAUCUCACAUGAUGUACACUGUGUUCAUGGUUCUCUUAGAAUUAUCCUUGGCUUUGGGAAUUAUAAGUAAUGUACAUAAAAUUAAAUCCAAAACAUAUCCACAUUUGAGUUCAAAUAUUUCCUCUUUUAAAGUGUAACCGUGACUUUGAAGUUGGGUUAAACCACAGGUGUGUAUUUUUCUUCUAUUCAGCUUCAAUGAUACCUGGUAAUUUGGCAUGUAAUGAUGGGGUAGGCUCAAGGAUGUUCAAGAACAAAUUGUACCAUAUUGUUAAGUUCUCCCUAAUCUUACAAAAAUGAACCACCACAAAUUACUGAAUUUUAAUAUCUCCUGAAACUCUCCCAGCAAAAAGAAGGAAGAUACACUAAUGACUAAUUUAAAUGCUAAAAAGACGGGGAGGGGUUGAAAGAUAAUCCCAAGUAAACCAAAUUAGCUUACCUAUCAUUAUGAUUAUUUUUAAAUCACAGCGUUUCAUGGAAAAUGCGUUUUUGUGGUGCCGGGUUUCAGGAAUACCCUUUGUUAAAACCUUUGUAAAUGAAGUUAUAAAAUUGGGACUAGUGGAUGGGGCAGGUGAUUGGACAGGGGGACAAUAAAUAGUGGGGUUGAA